AUCAUUGUAUGAAUUGGGUUACAGUUUAAGCUCCUCCUUUGUGUAUCUUUUUCCAAUAUUAUUAUUCUUUGCUCUUCACGUUAUUGUUAUUUUUUUGAAAAAUUGAUUAUUGAUUAGAAAGUUAUAAGAUUUUACGAAUGAUGAAUUCGACAACAACAACAACAACAAUGGCAAAUGAUUCAAAAAUUACAUCGUUUUCAAAUAAGUUACUUCAAAUGAUAAACGAUGAUGAGAUUAUGAAACGAAAAUUAAUGGUCGAUGGUGAUGGUAUUGGUGAUGACCGAAAAAUCUCUAAUUUAAUCAAACAAUUCAUAUUAUGGUGCUACAAUGAUAAUGAAUCCGAAUUGGAAAGUGAAUUGUCUGCCGAACGUUUAUUGAAUGUAAUUGAUCAGUCAGAAUUGGCUAUGGCUAAAUCGGUUCAAACAAUAAAAAUGAUUACACAUGAACUUGAUAAUUAUGAAAAUACUUAUAAAAAUAUUGAAAAAGCCAUUGCAGAUGCACGUGCAAAAUUAUCUACAUGUAAAGCUGAAUUAGCUCAUGCUAAACAGAUUCGCCGUUAUAAACUUGAUUAUGAUGCCAUUGCCAAUAUAAUUGAACAACAUCCUAGUACGCAGGAAACACAAAUCAAAUUGAAUGUAUUGGAAAAUGAAAUACAAACAUUGCAAAAGAUUAAUAAUCAAAUUGAAUCAAAAUUGGAGAAAAGACGUCGCCAGUUUCAGUUACUGUUAUCGGCAUCACAUCAGCUGCAAAGUGUUUUGGAUGAAGAAAACACCGCAACAACUACUACGGAUCAUCAAACCUCAUCAUGUUUGGUUGAUAAUAAUAAUGAUCUAAUGACUAUUCCACCACGUACACUGGAUAAUGACAAUAAUCUGGAAUCAUCAUCAUCAUCGACAAAGGAAGCUUCACCAAUUUCUAUGGAAACGAAUUGAUAUUCUUAUUCUUAUAUAUAGCAACUAUUUAUCUUUCUUUCUUUAUUUCGAUUUUUUCCUGUUUAAAAGUUUUUUCCCAAAUUCACUUGAUUUGAUUUUCAAAAAUCUAUAUCAUUCACUUGUGUUCUAUUUCAAUUAAAUGAAUUUAACAAAAAAAAAAAAAAAAAAAAAUUUCUGUGUUUUAUAAACGAUG